AUGGCCCUGCUGCACUUGGGAGCCCUGUAUGGGAUCACACUGAUUCCCUCCUGCAAACUCUACACCUGGUUCUUCGGGAACUUGCAGACAACUCUUUGGACCUCGCCCCCAUCCAGACAAGGCUGGUUUGCCUGGGAGGAAGAGGAAACGGGUUCCAGUACGACUCAAGUGCUCAGGUGUCUGGCUCCCUUACUCCAUAAUGACGUGUAUGAAUGGGUCCGAGAUCACCGCGCCUACCACAAGUUCACAGAAACACACGCUGACCCUCACAAUUCCCGGCGUGGCUUUUUCUUCUCUCACAUGGGCUGGCUGCUCGUGCGCAAACACCCGGCCGUCAAAGAGAAGGGCAGAAAACUGGACAUGUCUGACCUAAAAGCCGAGAAGCUGGUCAUGUUCCAGAGGAGGUACUACGAGCCCGGCCUCCUGCUCAUGUUCCUCGUCCUGCCCACACUGGUGCCCUGGUAUUGCUGGGGCGAGGGCUUCCACAACUACCACCACGCCUUCCCCUACGACUACUCUGCCAGUGAGUACCGCUGGCACGUCAACUUCACGACAUUCUUCAUCGACUGCAUGGCUGCCCUGGGCCUGGCUUACGACCAGAAUAGAGUGUCCAAGGCCAGGAUCAAAAGCAUUGGAGAUGGGAGCUGCGAGGGUUUCCACAACUACCAUCACGCCUUCCCCUACGACUACUCUGCCAGUGAGUACCGCUGGCACGUCAACUUCACGACAUUCUUCAUCGACUGCAUGGCUGCCCUGGGCCUGGCUUACGACCAGAAGAGAGUGUCCAAGGCCACUGUCUUAGCCAGUAUUAAAAAAAGAACCAGAGCUGGAAACUAUAAGAAGGGCUGA